GAACGAGAUGGAGAAUGACGAAUCUCAGAGGACGAAUCUUGUACUCGUUAACUCGUAGUCGUACUAGUAUUCACCGUUGGAAUUAAAGUCUGCAGAUUAGUGAAAUUUGAAAAUGAGCAACGAAAGUAAGCAUUUCCAUGAGUUCGGCUAUGCAGAUGAACGGUUCCUAACAGUCAUAAGCGAGAACCUACACUGUGCAAUUUGUUCGUGCGUGUUUAAAGAUCCAAAAAUGUGCAAAAACGAGCAUUGUUUUUGUCGUGGCUGUAUAACCCACCAUCUUCAAAAUUCCCACACUUGCCCUUCUUGUAAUGAAGAUCUAACCAUAGAAUCGCUAGCUGACGCGCCACGUAUUCUGAGAAAUUUAUUGUCGGAACAAAGAAUUCGUUGUGAUCAUCACGAGCGUGGAUGUCAGGAAAUCGUUCAACUUGGAAACCUGGCUAGUCAUGUCUCUGUGUGUGGCAAGGCUCCAGUUGUGUGCACGAAUGAAGAAUGUUCAAGCGAGAUCAACAGAGAGGAUCAAUUUCGACACCAAGGCGAAGAGUGUCGGUUUCGUAAAGUGAAAUGUCAAAAUUGUAAAGAGAUGGCCCCCAUGGUUCAAAAUCUGAACCAGAGUUUGGGUGGUCUUGUUGAGAAAGUUGGUGAAAUAAAAACUGGUUUGACAGCAAUGGAAAACAGGUUGGAAGGAAUGGAAAAUGCUUGUAGUGAUCAAUCUUUUUCAGAAAGCCCAAAAGAUCCAAGGAGUGAUGAUGUUAAAGAUGCCAAACAUCCCAAUGGCAAUGAAUAUGCAUAUUUUGUUGCUGGUGGGUAUGGCAAUAGUAGUGUAGAAAUUUUUGACAAAACUACUAAUUCUUGGAAAAAACUGCAAUCAAUGAGCAAAGCUCGUCACAGAGCAAGUUCAGUUGUUUAUAACAAUGAAGUUCUAGUGUCUGGAGGUUCGAGUAACCAUGCCUUGACUAGUAUGGUACAGUUUAAACGCAAUAUCAAUCCAUUUGUCCCACCAUGUUGGUUCAACCUUGAAGUCAAUUUGCCAAGGCCUUUAAGAGGACAUCAUACUCUACUGUAUAAGGGCAAUCUUAUUGUCCUUGGUGGUUAUGAUGAAGAUGAUAAUGAGAUAAAUGAUCUGAUUUAUGAAAUCCAACUAAAGUUCCCCUUCACCACAAAGGUCUUGACUAAAUUCCCUUCUUCAACACCCAUCAAAGGCUGUGGUGCUGUUCUAGUAAAUAAGGAAAUUUUGAUGUUUGGAGGUUGUACUAGAGCAGGAAAAAAAGCCGGAAAAGAAGCCACUGCCAAUGUUACCAUGUAUGAUAUAUUCAAGGGUGAGUUCAAGGAACUUGCACCAUUACCUUAUAAAGUGUGCAACAUGGCAGCUGUGAAGUGUGGAGAAAAAGUCAUUCUAGUUGGAGGCGCUUCUGUCUAUCCAGACAGUAAGGUAAAAGCUACAGUCAUCAGUUAUAAUAUUGAGACAGAGGAGAGCACUGAGUUACCGCCAAUGAAUGAAGCACAUUGUGGUUGUUGUGCUCUUGUUGAUGGGAACUCCUUAGUGGUUAUUGGGGGGAAAAAUGGACGUCAACUUCUAACGUCUGUGGCACACUUUGAUUUCAAAACUUCAAAAUGGUCCAAUCUUCCUUCAAUGAUUGAACAAAGAGCGGAAUUCAUUGCAGAGAUUGUGUAAGACAAACUUUCAUUAAACUGUUUAAUCUAGAAAAUGCACUAAAUUAGCAUAACAUAAUUGUUUUUUAGGAUGAGCAUGCUUAACAAUGAUUUACUGUAAUUUAAAUAUCUAUAAAUGCUUUUGAAAAAAUAAAACUUUGCACGAUUCAGUGUUCCACCUAAAGACAUGGAUAUAGGAUCAUCAGAUCAACUUUAUAAUAUGGAAACAUUUUAAUAUUAACAGCUGUCAUUUCUCAAAAUUUAGGUAGUUGAGUAGAUUUCAUUAAAUUAAUGUCCAAACUAAAAUGCACUGGAUCAGUAUAAUUCGUAAAUUAGUAUUGUGUAAUCACUUUGAUUUAAUUGCGCUUUAAUAAAGGGGGCUACAUAGU